AUGCACAGCUUCUUGACAAAGGCGAAGCCUAGAUAUUUGUUAAAGUUUUCACACCCUUGGCAAGCUUCAUAUUUCUCAGGGGUAAAUGACCGCGAGGAAAGUGUACGAGUUAAGGCCCUUGAGUGUCUGGUAGGGGCCUUUUCUUCCACCAAGGAUUGGCUGUAUCAAAUGGCCUCAAGAGAAGAAGCAAAUAUAAGAAAUAGUUCUUAUGAAAAAAGAGAAAGCGGACAUAACACUAGUGUCGACUAUGUGAAUGAAGAUCUUCCGGAGCUUUACACCAAAAAGAAAAUUCGCAAAGACAAUAUCGAACGGAUUAUAAAAGUUUUUAACCGGAAGCCUAAAUAUGGCGUUGAACUCGCCCUUCAAUCUAACUUAUUAGAGGCGACAGAGAAAAGUGUCGCGCAUUGGUUGCACACGGAAGCCAGGUUAAGCAAAAUAGCGAUUGGCGAAUACUUGGGCGAACAUGACGAGUUUUCUCUUAACGUCAUGCAUAAUUACAUCGAUCAACUAAAUUUUCAAAAUAUGGGAUUUGUGGAUGCUUUGCGGUUUUUAUUAAAGCAUUUUAGGCUGCCAGGCGAGGGACAAAAAAUCGAUCGCAUUGUUGAAAAAUUCGCCGGGAGGUUCGUCACGUGCAAUCCCAACCAUGAAUACUUUUCAAACGCUGACACAGCAUAUGUUAUGGCGUACUCGACCAUUAUGCUCACGACAGAUUUACACAGCCCGCGCAUUAAAAAUAAAAUGUCAAAAGAGAGUUUUAUAAAAAACAACGCUGGAAUUAACGAGGGAAAGGAUCUUCCUGCUCACUUUCUUUCUGAAAUUUUCGACAAUAUACAAGCAGAAGAGAUAAGAGUCAGUGAUAACAUGCCUGAACUUUUUUCUGGCGAUUACCAUGCACUUACUGAAAGGCAGAAAAAAGCCAUGUUUUUAAAGCAAAGCGCCUUUAUAGCCCUAAUAGCUGAGGAUUUGCUCUCUUCAACUAAAAUAACCACAGCUUUUGUUCCGGCAAACAGUUAUAGGUCUCGUUCUAUCAUACUUAGGCACACGCAGUAUAUAAGUCCUUCUCUCAUAGCCAUGUUAAAUGUAUGUUUGCUGUUGCGUUUGCUCCCUGUCUGGCCACGUUUAGUCUUCAUCUCGAACGAACUUUUAGUGAAAAGACUAUGAAAACUUGCUUGAGAGGUUUUCAGGACGCAAUUAUAAUUCUUCUUUCUCCGG